AUGGGUAUCAGUCCUUUGAAGAUACAGUUUGUUCUAGCCAUUGUAGCGAAAAGAAUAAUGAGCAAGUCGCACUGGGAAAGGAAACUCGAUGUUUAUAAGAAAUGGGGUUGGUCUGACAAAGAGGUUUUAGCGGCAUUUUCAAAGUAUCCAUGGUGUAUGAUUGCAUCAGUGGAUAAGAUUACGGCGGCAAUGGACUUUUUCGUGAACAAGAUGGGUUGGUAUUCUUCCAUUAUCUCAGAGCACCCAGUACUUAUAACACUGAGCUUGGAGAAGAGACUUAUACCUAGGGCUGCAAUAAUUCAGUUUCUGUCAUCGAAAGGUUUGAUCAAUAAAAAGAUAAAUAGUUUGACUUAUAUGUUUGAGUGCCCUGAAAACACGUUCCUGCAGAAAUCUGUGAAUUCUUAUGAUGAAGCUCCCCAAUUAUUGAAGCGGUACCAAGAGAAGUUGAAUCCUUUAGAAAAGCCAAAAUAA